CAGAAUGAGGAUUUCAUGUACAAGUGUCUCUUCCGUGUGUCUUUUGCGUUUUAAUUUCUUUUUUUUUUCUGAACAAUUCGAUCAAGAAUUAUUAUCGACAAUCCGAUUGGUGCGCAAGAGAAUUAAGGGUACGAGAAGUGUGGCAGCAUGCUGGAGUCGGGGGGUCGCGGCCUUGGAUGAAGUCACGCGAGUGCAAGGUUGUACCGAGGGAUGUAUGCGACAGGGUGACGCGCAUACAUACAUAACGUUGUUCUUCCUACUUGCGGCCACACAAACUCGUCUGGCUGAUGACACGACAGCAUUUCUUCGAGCUGCUCGGUCCGGCAACCUCGAGAAAGUGGUCGAAUUUCUCGAUACCGAUUUAGAUAUUAAUACAGCCAACUCGAAUGGUUUAAAUGCCUUGCAUUUAGCCUCGAAGGAUGGUCACGUUGAGAUAGUAACCGAGUUAUUAAAAAGGGGCGCAAAAGUGGAUGCGGCAACGAAGAAAGGAAAUACCGCGUUACACAUAGCUUCGUUAGCUGGUCAGUCCGAAAUAGUUAAUAUUCUUAUUCAAUAUGGUGCCGCGGUUAAUAUCCAGUCGCAAAAUGGAUUCACUCCUUUAUACAUGGCUGCACAAGAGAAUCACGAUCAGGUCGUCAAGCUCCUGCUCGGCAAUGGAGCGAAUCAAAGUCUCGCGACUGAAGAUGGAUUCACACCGCUUGCUGUGGCGAUGCAGCAAGGCCACGAUAAGGUGGUCAGCGUACUCCUAGAGAAUGAUUCGAAGGGCAAAGUCAGACUACCAGCACUGCAUAUCGCCGCGAAGAAAGACGAUUGCAAAGCCGCUGACUUGCUUUUACAAAACGACCACAAACCCGAUGUGACAUCGAAGAGUGGCUUCACCCCUCUUCACAUCGCCGCUCAUUAUGGAAACGAGGAAAUAGCGCGGUUAUUAAUAAAACGAGGAGCCGAUGCAAAUUAUUUAGCUAAGCAUAACAUAAGCCCGCUACAUGUGGCGGCAAAGUGGGGCAAGAACAAUAUGGUUAAGAUACUGUUGGAGAACUCGGCGCAAAUCGAUGCCAAGACUAGAGACGGUUUAACUCCGCUACAUUGCGCAGCGCGAUCGGGACAUGAACAGGUUGUCAGCACGCUUCUUGAAAAUUCGGCGCCGAUCAGCGCGCGUACUAAGAAUGGCCUCGCACCGUUACACAUGGCGUCUCAAGGAGACCACGUGGACGCUGCAAGAGUGCUGCUGUACCAUCGGGCGCCAGUAGACGAAGUGACCAUCGAUUAUCUGACCUCGCUCCACGUUGCCGCACACUGCGGUCAUGUUAGAGUCGCCAAGUUGUUACUCGAUCGUAAAGCCGAUCCGAAUGCUCGAGCUCUUAAUGGCUUCACGCCGCUCCAUAUCGCCUGCAAGAAGAACCGCAUCAAGGUGGUGGAACUUCUAUUGAAGCACGGUGCAUCUAUCGAGUCGACCACGGAGUCCGGACUGACUCCAUUACAUGUGGCCAGUUUUAUGGGGUGUAUGAAUAUCGUGAUAUUCCUACUGCAGCAUGAAGCCAAUCCCGACGUGCCAACUGUUAGGGGUGAAACACCCCUGCAUCUGGCAGCUAGAGCUAAUCAAACAGACAUUAUUCGAAUUUUGCUAAGAAAUGGUGCCAAAGUCGAUGCUCGUGCAAGGGAACAGCAAACACCGCUUCAUAUAGCGUCUCGAUUAGGAAAUAUCGAUAUUGUUAUGCUGCUGCUGCAGCACGGCGCGGCUGUGGACACCGCUACGAAAGACAUGUACACGGCGCUUCAUAUCGCGGCGAAGGAAGGUCAAGAGGAGGUGGCAGCCAUUCUUGUGGAGAACAAUGCUUCUCUCAAGGCUGCAACGAAAAACGGCUUUACACCUUUACAUAUCGCGGCUAAAUACGGAAAUAUGAAUGUUGCAAAUAUACUGUUGCAAAAAGAAAGCAAACUCGAUGUCCAAGGAAAGAACGAUAUCACUCCUUUGCACUUGGCAUGUCACUAUGACCAUCCAAAUGUUGCGACUCUCUUGUUAGAAAAAGGAGCGUCGCCUCAUCUUGCGUCGAAAAAUGGGCACACUCCGCUACAUAUCGCUGCUCGCAAAAACCAGAUGGACAUCGCUUCUACUCUCUUGGACAGAGGGGCGAACGCAAACGCGGAGUCCAAAGCGGGUUUCACCCCGUUGCAUCUGAGUGCGCAAAAAGGACAUUAUGAUAUGACGAAUUUGCUAAUUGAACACGGUGCUAAUCCCAAUCACAAAGCCAAAAACGGACUCACGGCAUUGCAUUUAUGCGCGCAAGAAGAUUUCAUUAGGGUGGCCUCUAUCUUGGUAAAAAACGGGGCCGACGUUGAAAGUCAAACAGAAACUGGCUAUAGACCGAUACACGUGGCCGCGCAUUUCGGGAAUCUGUCAAUGAUACGCUUUUUGUUAAAACAUAACGCCACGAUCGACGUUAGAACUAAUCAGAAUUACACCCCGCUUCAUCAGGCCGCUCAACAAGGUCAUGCUCAUAUCGUCACUGCUUUGUUGGAAGGAAACGCUUCACAUAAAGCGUGUACUAACGAUGGUUUAACGGCACUGAACAUAGCGCAAAAAUUAGGGUAUAUUUCUGUGAUGGAAGUACUGAAAGGAUUGCCUUAUGACAGUAUGACUCCAGAUAACAAAAACUGGGAGGAAAAGUACAAAGUAAUAGCUCCAGAAAGCUUGCAAGAAACUAGUUUUAUGUCCGAUUCGGAAGAUGAAGGAGGUUCUGACGCAUUAAUUAGUGAGCAACCUUAUCGAUACCUCACGGCAGAUUUGAUGAAGAGUCUAAGAGAUGAUUCAUUGCCUAUUGAUGUUACUAGGGAUGACCCGGUGCACAGACAAGGUAAAAAAUUUACAAAAGAAGAAAAGCAGGAAUUUGCACAAAGCAAUAAUUAUUGUUUAGCAGAAAAUUUUGAUAACGACGGACUGAAUCUGGGGAAGCUGCACUUCAGAUCAUUUUUAAUUAGUUUUCUCGUGGAUGCGCGUGGCGGUGCUAUGAAGGGAUGCAGACACAGCGGUGUGCGCCUUAUUGUACCGCCUCGAAGAGCAACGAUGCCAAUUCGCGUAACAUGCAGACUAGUAAAAGCAAAUAAAGUGGCGAAUCCGCCCCCUUUGAUGGAAGGGGAGGCUCUUGCUACUCGUAUUAUUGAGAUGGGUCCAGUGGGUGCGAGAUUUUUAGGACCCGUCUUAAUUGACAUACCACAUUUUGCGUCUGUUCAUGGGAAAGAACGGGAAAUUAUUAUCCUGCGAAGUGAAAAUGGAGAAACGUGGAAGGAACACGAUAACUCCGUGGAUAAUGACGAUACUCUCCUCAAUACGCCUUACGAUCCUCAGAUGAGCGUUGCACACUCGGGCAGAAUCACUCGUAUAAUUACCACUGACUUCCCGCAAUAUUUUGCUAUCGUAACUCGAAUCAAGCAAGAAGUUCACGUUAUCGGCGCCGAGGGUUGCAUUUUGUUAUCUAGCGUAGCAAACCACGUGCAGGCCGUUUUUCCACCGGGAGCGUUAACGAAAAAAAUCAAAGUCGGCUUGCAGGCGCACGUUAUUCCGGCUGAACUCACGGCCAAAUUGCUCGGCAAUUGCGUUGCUGUUUCACCGGUGAUUACGAUUGAACCCAGACGACGGAAAUUUCACAAACCGAUAACCCUUACGAUCCCCGUGCCGCAAGCAGCAAACAAGGGGAUGAUCAAUCAGUACGGUGGAGAGACACCUACAUUACGCCUCUUGUGUAGCAUUGCAGGUGGGACCAACGAGUCACAAUGGGAAGACGUUACCGGAUCAACGCCGUUAACAUUUAUGAACGAUAAAGUGUCGUUCACCACUACUGUUUCAGCAAGAUUUUGGUUGAUGGAUUGCAGAAAUAUCGGGGCAGUACCGAAAAUGGCAACGGAGUUAUAUGAGGCAUCCUUACAUGUGCCAUAUAUAACUAACUUCAUAAUAUACUCCAAGAGAAUGGACGUGUUGGAAGCUACAUUGCGAAUAUUAUGUAUGACUGAUGGCAAGGAAGGCAUGCACACUUUGGAGAGACAAGAGGAAUUUACGGAAAUUGUUAAAAGUCGCGAUGUUGAGGCGCUUGAUGGGAAAGACCUGUAUAUUGAAUUUAGUGGGAAUUUAGUACCAGUAACGAAGUCCGGUAUGCAGUUGAAGUUCACGUUUAGGGCUUUCCGACAAAAUCGAUUGUCAUUCCAUGUUAAAGUAAAAGAUCCGUUAUUGGAUCCAGUAGCGAGGAUGUUGUUCAUGCGGGAACCAAAAGUUGCUAAAGGAGAACCACCUCAGCAGCCUGUUUGUGUGUUAAAUAUUGUCCUCCCCGAAACUAUUAUUAAACAUGACAUAAAGAAGAGAUUAAAAGGUUAUGAAGAUUCUAAUGUCAUAAAUCAAAAACUAGAUUAUUAUAAAUCAAAGUACAAAAUGGAACAAAUGGAGAAAACUGAUAAGCCUAAAGAAACCUCACCAACGGAAAAGAAAUUCAUAACCGACACGUUACAAAAGGAACAAACAGAUGCCGCUAUCCACGAAUCCUUUGCACAAAAAGCGGCUUAUCCCCUAGAAUCCGUAGAUGCUAGUUAUCCCAAUAAAGCAGGCGCCGGUCAGGCGGAACCGGAUCUGUCGCCUGAUCUCGAAAGGCAAACGUACUCGGAGAAGCGUAUAUUCUGGGAGAAUAUUUCGAGAAAACGUGAAAACUACCAGCGUUCCGAAUCCGAAAUUUCGAGGACCUCUCAAUUGACCAUUAACGAGAGCGACAGCGAGUCGUGCCAGCCGAAUGUCGUAUCCGAGGAAGGUGAUGGGACAACGGAGGGCAUCUCGGACGUCAUUAGAUCGGAGACCAUCGAGGACAUUAACAUGCCAGAUAUCUCCGAGUGUUCAGUAGCGGAGAAGGCGCAUUACUUUGAAGAACAGAUACAGAAAGAGAGUCAGAUGGCAAAAGGUACACCAAGACUGCAUCAACAAGACUCCGCCAAGUCCGAAAAAGACAAACCUUUCUUUAAGGACAAGUCGAGCGACGAUCUGAAAAGUCACGCGGAAAAGAGUACAGUGGAAAUGACGAAGGAGAAAAUCGAUAUCCAGGAAAAACACUUGGAAGAAGCAAGAGAAAUACAAAAGAUAUUGAAAGCUGCUACGGAUGACGAAAAAUGGAAAGAGACACGAAAAGAUUUAAAAGAUAAACAGAAAAAGGAUGACGAUAAAGAAGUGCGUGAAGAAGUUCAAAAGAUAACAGCUCAGCCAAUGAUGGAGAUUUGCAAGGAAUUAUUAAAUAAGGAAAGAGAACUAGCAGAAGAAACACAGAUAGGACAUACUUUAAUUGGACAGGUUCCAGAAGUUAAUGUAAGAACAAAGAUAUUUGAGAAGGAACAAACAGACAUUACAACUAAAUCAUUUCUUUUGGACGAUAAAAGGGAAAUGGAGCAAUUCCUCGAAGAAGAGAGGCGAAUCAUCGAAGAAGAGGCGAAAAUGAAAGAAAAGAAAAUGGCUGAUAUUAGUUUUGAGAAGGAGAAAAAAUUCACCAUUGACACGGAGGUCAAACAGAUGAAAAAAGAAUUCGAAUCUCGCAUUCCAAUUUCCACAGCAAUGGCUGAAAAAGAUAAAAGCCAAAAAGAAGGAAAAGGCAAAAUGGAGAAAUCUGAAGAGAAAUCAUUAAAAGGUUUUUUUAUGGAGAAAGAAAAGGAUGUUGCCUCGCCAUCCAGCAAGAGAAAAGAAUUUGAGUCCCGUAUACCUAAACGUAUCAUGGAAGGGGCGACGAUAAAGGAGAAAGAAGGAAUGAAGAAAGAUUUGCCGGGACGGAAAGAUGGCGAGACCUUUACUGUCACUGAGAGAAAAUCCAGCGAAGAGCGGCAUGAAGAACGCUCGACUACGAAGAGUAAGACGCAAACUUUUUCCAAGACCUUCGCCGACGCGCAGGACGCGUUUAAGAUGUUUGAGAAUAUAAGCGCAAUGAGAGACAAGGAUUUCGAUACAGUUACUUCAAAGGUUGAUACUAAAGCUACUAGUAAAGUGGAAAAAAAGGAGGUACUUUCGUCAGAGAUCUCCAGCGGCGUGGAAAAGUUUAUAACUCAUGAGGAGAAGGAGAAAGUAGAACGGAAAAAGUCUUCAGAAUCUAAGUUGACUAAGGAGACACCGGCUGAAACAAUGGAAGAAAAGAAGAGCAAAAAUGAAGAGAUGGAUAAGACCGCUGUGCAGAAGAUGUCGAUGAAUGUGAUGGAAGGUAAACAAGUGAUAGAUGCAAGCGCUUCUGAAUGCAAAGCAAAGAGUAAAAAGGAAGAAUUAUUUAAAUUGCUAGAGGACAAUGAGGGAACCGCGACGGAAAAAUCUGGAACUAGUAGAGACAGGAAAAGCGACGUGGAUGUGGCAAUUAGAAUCAAGAGGGACAAUGCGAAGAAGGUAGAGGACAUUAAGGAAAUGCCUAAAACAGCUAAGCUCGAAGGAACAGACUUGGAAAAAGUUGAAAUGAUCACGCAAGGACAGUCUUACAAAGAGAGUUUGGAGAAGUUUAAGAUUGAGCAGUUUGUACCUAGUCAAAGGGACAAAACGAUUUCAUCUGAAAAGACUAAAAAAGACGAACAAUUUUCGACCAAAGAAUCUUUAAUAUCUUUGGAGAAAAAAGAAGAAUUAAUCGCCAAAGAAAUUGAAGCGCGGAACAUAGCAGAGGAUCUGAUACAAUCGAUUGAGAGUGAAAUUGAAAGAAGAUCAUCAACGUCAGGAUUAAAACCCCAAAUGUUGAGUAAGGAAUAUUUAGAUCAACUGAUUUCCGAAAGCAGCGAUACUGAUCAUGAGAAACUAGCAGAUGAUUUAACAAAAAAAUUCGAAAGUAUUAUGCAUGAACAAUUGAUGGAUUAUCCAGGAGCAGAACUGUCGAAGACAUCCAUACAAGAAGAAUUAUUCGAGAAAGGCUAUACCAGAGACAGUAUAAGUGAAGAUAUAACAAAAGAUGAAGAAUCAUCAUCGCAAGCAAAAUUCCAGGACAGAGACAUUACUAUAAGUCCCAGCAGUAUAUCUGAGCAAAUUGAUCUAGAAGAAACAAUUGAUGUUGACACUGGAGAAUUAGAGGAUAUAUCUAAGCCUACGUCCAGUCCACAUUCCGAUAAACUUCGUUCAGACAGAUCGAGCGGGCAUAUCGAGCCACUUCAGAAGGAUGAUAUCACUCUUUCGAAAGAUAAAAUAAUAUCAGAAAUUUCUGGCGCUAGAGUAUUAGAGAUUUUGGAACCAGGCGCAGACAGUCGACAGGAUUCGGUUGACGUGCCGUCCUUGGAGUUAGACGAGCACAAAGUAUCCGAACAGACUAGUAGGGACGUAGCUUCCUUACACGAGAGUGUGGCUGUAGAUUCUUUGGAAAAGAUCGCUCAAGAAAAAGAUGUGACUGUCAGUUCUAGCAUAGUGUCUGAUGAUGCUAAUGUAGACUAUCCUCCAGUUUUAUCUUCGACUAUUCCAUCGAGAGAACAUGAUACAGGGGAGAGACGAAGAGCGGACAGUUUCGAAAUCGAGAGUCCGCCGUUAUUUUCUCCAAGGACCAAGCACGUAAGCGAUCUGGAAAUUAAACCAGUAGAUUGGAUGAUCGGCGACGAAAAGAUUGAAAUAUCAGAAACGUUGCAACCCUCUCAGGUAUUUAAUCAAGAGCUGGAGGAGUAUGAAUCGUCUUUGCAACGUACCCGCACUAUCUCGCAGGAUGAAUCCGUAGAUUUGGAACAAGAGUCCAUAACUAAGUCUUCAGAGGAGAUCAGUGUGAUUGAAUCGAUCAAAGAGUCGGUUGCUAGUGAUGUUAAGACUGUUACGACUACGACGACCAAGGUAACAAAAUUCACCGUGGUUCCAGUUACCGAGCCGGAUUUUGAAAGCAAAUUGACAGAAAAAAAAUUAGAUAUUUCUUGUUUUCAAGAGUUGGUCGACACUAUGCAACGGGAAUACAAUGUCAAAGCGCCGACGGACGAAUACGCGGCUAAUAUACGGCAAUCGAUGCCUCACGAAAGUUUUGACUGGGAAACGGGUAUUACUGAAGCUGUCACGGAAAUGAUACCUAUGAAAGAGGAGGAAGCGAAAGAUUUAACUAUGGAAAUUAAAGCUGAAGUAAUGGGCAAAGAGAUUUUUCAACAAAACAUUUCUACGGAUAUAAUACCUACAACGAAAGCUACUGAUAAGACAAUAAAAGAUUCAAAAGCUGUAAAAGAAGAGAUUACUGAAACAAAGGAAAUUCUAAAAGAUUCCACGAAAGGAGAAACGGAAUUAUCGAAGUGUCCGAGAGUUGAUGAUGUACUAAAAGAAUGGACAGAGACUUAUUUGGCGAAAAUCAAACCUCCCAGUGAGGAAUACAAACGACAUAUGGAAAAGACAACCGAGAAGCACGACAAACCCAGCAAAUCGACGAUCGCUCCUUCCGAUACUUGUGCCUUGAAAAUAAAGAAAGAUGAUCUUCAGAGCGUCGAUUUAAGCGCGCGAUACGCGAUAACGGUACUGGAUCAAGUGGUGAAAAAAGAAAUUGCCGAAGUGAAAGAGUCUUUGGAAGCAGCUAAGCAAGAUUUGAUAGAAGAAUUGAGUGAGAAUAGUCAAACCGUAAUUCAGAUCAAAGAUUCGCCUUCAGAGUUUCAGUUCAAACUCCAACCGGAAUCCAUCCCAAACGAUUUGCCGUUUUUGUACAGACCACCGUCCAUUGAACAUGUUCCUGUCGAGACUGAACCGGAAGCCGAAAUUGAAGUUAUUACGCUCAGCGAAUCGUCAAUUGUAAAAACUCAAAAAUUUGACGAAGUAAAGAAGGAAGAUAGCAAAGAUACCGUCGAUGACAAACUGUCUGUCCAAGCAACUGUCAUCAUUGAAGACAGACCAGCCGAUGUAGUCAAAGCACCUGAAAUCGAGAAGCAUGAAGAAGAAGAAGAAGAAACUUUAAUAACAAUUGAACAACAAGAGGAAGAAGAAGAAGAUCGUUUUGCAAGUCCGCUUCCAAUCAGUAGAUCGUCUGACGUUGGAUCAGAUAUGGAUAACAGGGACGACAGCUACUCCUUAGCACCACCUCAACCGGCACCUAGAAGACGUCAGAAACCGUCUAGGAUAUCAAAGAGAGUUAAGACUUCGGAAAGCGAGGCUGACGUCUCGAGUUCUGGCGAGAGCAGUAAUUACCAAUCCUGUGACUAUGAGCUUGGUAGUGGAAGCAGACCUAGUUCGUCCGAUGUCGAGGCAUUGCAGUCCGCCGCGGGUGGUGUACAAUCCGGAACCGCUUCGGAGUACGAAACGGCGAUGAUGUCUGUCGAACACGAGGGCUCGAAAACGUUGCCAACAUCACAAGAGUAUCAGACGGCAGCAAGUACGUUAAGCUCCCACGAAUCCAUGAAAUCCUUGAAUUCUCUCAGUUCGGGUCAUCUUGGCAGCAUUGACAGCACCAGUGAGUUGUCAGAGACAUUAGUACCCUCGGAGGAAGCGGACGUGGAUGCGGACGAGAUAGAUGAAAAUCUGGAGAGCGCAUUGGACGCGGAACACGAGAUGGCCGAGGCAUCGGACUCUUCCGGUAGUGAAGAAAUACCGUUGGACGUGGAAACUGUGGACAAAAUCGAUAGUCAUAUACCAUGUCGCAUGAAACGUUCAUCCGAGAUGAUUUUUCAACAGAUCGUAGACGAUAGCGUCAUCAUGGAAACCGAGUCCAUGGACGUGUUGGAAGAAGAUCAGGCCAAAGUGGACUCAGCCAUUUCCGCCUCUAUGGAUGCGCCCGGGAUCCUUCAAUCUGUAGACAUAAUGACGUCACGGGUAUCCGAAGAUGGAGUUCAGAGUGUAUGUACUCAGGUAAUCUCUACGCAAGUUGCUAGGCCCAACGACAGUGAAGAUUUUAAAGAGGAAAAGAUGGAAGGUUUAAAAGCACAAAGAGAUAUGAGAAAGGAUGAAACGAUGGAUAGUUUGAAACAGAGUUCGGAUCACGAAAUAAUUGGAGAUGGGGGUCUCGAACCGUCAACAUCCGUCCACUCGAUGCUGCAACAGGCCAGUAUGUCCCUGUCUUCAGCAUCAGGUAUGUCCUUUGACACAGUCGUAGAGAAAGAUAUAGACAAGGACAAGUCCGAGCGUCAUUCACCCGACAGCGAUUCAUUCGAGCUCGUAGACAAGCCCGACAUCAUUGAUGACUUUGUGGUGAUCGAAGAAGUUGGACGCGAAGCGGAGGAAUUUGAUGCUGAGGGUAAAAGCAUUCGCAUCAGCUCAGUAUCACAAACCACUAGCAAGCAGUAUGAUCGCGAUCUAGAAAACCUAAUUGCGGAGAACAAAGAGGACACGCAGGUAUCAACGAGUCAGACAUCGAAAAAUAAUGAUCUGUUUGACUUUGAGUCCGAAGAAAGCCCGCCUCAAGGUCCCGCGUCAACUGACGAUCAAUCUCAAUCUUAUUCUGAUGAAGAGCAAUACGAGAACAAGAAGUGGAUAGAGAUGCAGUUCCAUGCGGACGCGCGGAUCUACGAUAUCGAAUACGAUCGUGGACCGUUGGAGGACAUCAAGGAGGAAGAGGUCACAGAUUUUGAGGCCGGCAGCAGUAGACUUGGUAGUUUAGGCAGCCACAAGGAGUCUAUAGGCAGUGUGGGAAGUAUGCGUGGUAGCUUUAGUAGCACACCGGAUUACGACGUCCUUGGGAAGAAAUAUUUCAGCAAGUCUACGGAUCAUGACACUGUGUCCUUGAGUUCACUGCAGGAAUUCGAAAAUUUAGAGACCGCCCUGGCAGCUGAGAAUUCGCGGAAGUUACAAAGCGGCUCGCAGGAUUCCAGCAGCAAUAACGGCAGUCUUCCAAGGAGAUAUAUGACCAGUCGUUCAGGUCACGGCGACGACGUCUCGUUGUCUUCAUUAAAAGAUUUCGAAGGCCUGGAAAAGGCAUGCAGAGAGGCUCAUUUGAUGGAACUGCGAGCUCGUGAGGAAGAGGAAUUACUGGAACAUGAGAGUCCGGAGAACAAAUAUAAAUUAGAGAAUCUGCCGCGUUCGAGAACGGAAACUAGUGCAGCUGGCUCGUUCAACCCUAGUACUUCCGGCUCGGAUGACUACGAAAAAAGAAUAAAGGAAAUCGACGAGAUAAUACGCAUCGCGCAGUCUAACAUGGAAAAGUUUGAACGGCAAGACGAUACAACGGAAGACAUUUCGCAAAUUACCGAUGCUGAAAAAGCCACCGCUCAACCAAUUCCGGAAACUCUUCCAGAAGAAAUAGAAGAACUCGAUGAGGCACAAGCGAUACAAAAAGAAAGCAAUAUCAUGGAGACCAGUACGGACUCUCUGGAAAUGGAAGAUGCAGAGAAAAAGUAUCAGCAAUUGUGUCGAAGCUCCGAUUCUCUAGAGAUGAAGACGACUCUGGACUUGCCGUCCUUAAGCUCGGAUUCAUUAAAUAAUAUAAAAGACACAAAAGAAACCGUCGAGCAAUAUGGUGGUGACGCGAGACGAAUUUCUUCGGAUUCUCUUGAGAUGCCUUUAUUAGAGCAACAAAAUAUCGGUGCGCCCGAGAGAAGUAGCAAUGGACGUCAUUCAGAGGCAGAAACGGAUCACUCUGUUGGACAAACAUCUUCGAUGGAAACUAAAGCGAGAAAUGGCAAAACGAAAACGUCACCAAGUAGUGAUACAUAGGACAAUUUUCGUGGACAAGCGGACCAUCAGGAAGGAUUGUUGCCACGAUUUCAUAACAUAUUACCGAAUAAACUCAAGAAGCUUUAUAUGUAAAACACGAUAUUAAUAAUAAUGUACUAAAGAACUUGUGCAUUGUGGAUACUAUUACAUUUUGUCCUUGUUUUACGCAAUGUCUUCUGAUAACAUUUAUAUUAUGCUUAAGUAAGAUAGUUGCUAUCUUUAAAAUAUAAUAUUGUUGCGUGGGAUAUAAGAAAGUGGAGGAACGCUUGCUUGUUUGUCAUUAUUAAAUUUGGACAGACAUAUUUGUUGUAAUAAUUCUUGCUGUAUUUGUUUAGAAAAACAAUCUUAACUGUUUUUGAAAUCUUUACAUACAUUAAGUUGCAUUUUUUAAUACAUACUUUGAAGUGCUACUUAAAUAUUCUACUUGUAUUAUAACGUGUACGACACUGUUCUAUUAUAGCGAGUUUUAUAAACAUUUUGAUUAUGAGAUGUCUUUGUGGAUGCGCUUUCGUAAAAUUUUAUAAUAUAUUUGACGUAUCUCGUAUCGUGUAAUGAUUUCAAGCAACGUUUGCGAAACUCAAAAAAACAAUAAUGCUAUCUUAACGUAUGUUUACAAAGGAAGACAAAUAUUUAAAUAGAAGAUUUUAUAUGCGAAUAUAAUAUUUAGGACACACACACAUUACGGAAAGUAGCAAAUAUACUUUUCUAUUUAAAUAAUUCCAAUAAUUGUUUAA